UCCCACGGGUUAGCCACUAGAAAUAACCAACAGUAAAUUUUAGCCGGUCUGGCAGCACUGAUGUGUGUCGGCGCUUUUCAUACUUUCUUUGUCAUUUUAUUUAUGUUUUCUGCAGUAAAACUCGACGCGCAUACUUUCCGACGUUUCAUGCUGCACUUAGAAGCCAAGCGACAUAUAUUUAUUCGCGAAAACUCGGAAAACGGACAAUUCUGCGGACCACCAAUUUCGCGCCCGACUGAGUGUGACAGCGGCUCAAUAAUACUAGCCGCUUUUGCACACAUCGCGGUAUUAUUUGAAUGCUAAAAAUACGGUCACACAGGCCGCGUGUUUACAAAAUAUUGCAUUUUAAUUUAAUCCGGACAACAGGUGAUAUAAACCUUAUUUCCUUCCCGAUAUGAGUGACACUCCCGCUGCUGAGAACGAGAAACGACCCCAGUUUGGAACACGCCUACUCACGGACAGCAACGACGUCUUCAAACACAAUGCUUGGGACCACGUGCAAUGGGACGAGGAGCAGGAACUUGCCGCUCAGACAGCAGUGGCCAAGAACUCGGCGACCAAAAUGGAUGAGGAGGACAAAAACCGGUUCCAGGCAGAUGCUCCCAAGUUCUGGGAUUCGUUUUACGGCAUCCACGAUAACCGCUUCUUCAAGGAUCGCCACUGGCUAUUUACAGAGUUCCCGGAAUUAGCUCCUUUGGCCAAGGAAUCAACGGAGCAGCAGCAUCGCAGCAUCUUUGAAUUAGGAUGUGGCGUUGGAAACACGAUUCUACCCCUGCUGCAGUACAGCUCGGAAGCGCAGUUGAAGGUUUUCGGGUGCGACUUCUCAGCCCGGGCCAUUGAGAUCCUGCGUAGUCAACCCCAGUUCGAUGAGAAGCGUUGUGAGGUGUUCGUAAUGGAUGCCACACUGGAUCAGUGGCAAGUGCCCUUUGAAGAGAACUCACAGGACAUUAUCGUAAUGAUAUUCGUGCUGUCCGCCAUCGAACCCAAGAAAAUGCAACGGGUGCUGGACAACUGCUAUCGCUAUCUGAGACCAGGAGGCCUGCUUUUGUUCCGGGAUUACGGAAGAUAUGACCUUGCACAGUUGAGGUUCAAGAGUGGCAAGUGUUUGGAGGACAACUUCUAUGUGCGGGGCGAUGGCACGAUGGUGUACUUCUUUACGGAGGAGGAACUGCGGACUAUGAUGACCCAAGCAGGGCUAAAGGAGGAACAGCUCAUUGUGGACCGAAGGCUGCAGGUCAACCGCGGUCGGGGCUUAAAGAUGUACCGCGUAUGGAUUCAGACAAAGUUUAGAAAACCGCUUUAGUGCAAUUACUACUAGUCUGCAAUAGAAAACUUAGAACACACAAUCGUAAAGCCAAUCUAUUACAUUUAAACUGUUACUUGUAUAAUUAUUAAGUCACUACUUUUUUUUUUAAUGUGUAAGAAAGCUUAUAAUCUAAAAUAUAAAGCCAAUCUAUAACACACAAACUCUUACUAUUAAAAUAACAAAGUCAAUAAAUUUGUAAUUCUGAA